CGGGCAGCGGCUGCGGCAGCGGCGGCGGCGGCGGCGGCGGGCCGAGGGCUCCGGCGGGCGGCGGCGCCAUGUCGCACGGCCACAGUCACGGCGGGGGCGGCUGUCGCUGCGCCGCCGAGCGGGAGGAGCCGCCCGAGCAGCGCGGCCUGGCCUACGGCCUGUACCUGCGCAUCGACCUGGACCGGCUGCAGUGCCUGAACGAGAGCCUCGAGGGCAGCGGGCGCGGCGUCUUCAAGCCGUGGGAGGAGCGGACCGACCGCUCCAAGUUUGUUGAAAGUGAUGCAGAUGAAGAGCUUCUGUUUAAUAUUCCAUUUACAGGCAAUGUCAAGCUCAAGGGCAUCAUUAUCAUGGGAGAGGAUGAUGACUCACACCCCUCCGAGAUGAGACUGUACAAGAACAUUCCACAGAUGUCCUUUGAUGAUACUGACAGGGAGCCAGAUCAGACUUUCAGUCUGAACAGGGAUCUUACAGGAGAAUUAGAGUAUGCUACAAAGAUUUCUCGUUUUUCAAAUGUCUAUCAUCUCUCAAUUCAUAUUUCAAAAAACUUUGGAGCAGAUACCACAAAAGUCUUUUAUAUUGGCCUGAGAGGAGAAUGGACUGAGCUUCGCCGACAUGAGGUGACCAUCUGCAAUUAUGAAGCAUCAGCUAACCCAGCAGACCACAAAGUCCAUCAGGUGACCCCACAAACACACUUCAUUUCUUAAGGACUGACCAAAGCUCCCACCGAGGGGCUCUGUCAGUGAAGAUGUAUGACAGCCUGUUGGGAAGAACAAAGAAGCGGGGCUCCAGAGAGCGACGGCUGCCACGGCCUCUGUCCUGCUUUGUCUUUGAGGCCUUGCUGCAGAAGCCAGGCCUACUGAAGAGUCCACACCUCCGGGAAGGGUGGUGUGGCUGCGGGAGGACGAUCGUGGUUCUCUCAGGCACUGCCAAAAUUAGGUCUUGGCUGGUCAGCAGCUGGCAGUCAUGAGUAAUGCCUGUCUUUCCCAGUCAGUGUGGCCGUGGGAUCCCAAGUGUCUUGUUGCUUUGUGGCAGGAUUUUUAUGUGACUUGUUUUUAAAAAAUGGAAACUAUUCCUGGGCUGCGGUAAAUUUUUGUGAAACCUCCUCAGCCUUGUGUUUGUAUUAGCCAUCAGGAGGGUCUCCAACUUGAAAUUCUUGUCCCUGCUUGCUUAUUCUCCCUGUCAUUCAGUAUUCUUGUCACGUUAUCCAGCUUGGCUCUGUCGUGCAAAAGUGUCCCCUGGUUAGAGCUCAAAGAGCAAGAAUAUCCUGGUGAUGCUUAAGAGCUUGGGGUGAAGAUGUUUUUCCUAAGGUUAAGCAGUCUGGGGAGAAUAUGGGAAUCAUUUCUGUUUGUGGAUAUCCUGGUCAAAGUAAGAUUGGGAUUUUGCUAAGAUUCCCCUUAGGAUGUUCUUAAUGUUAUUUAGCUUCUAACUAGUGUUAUAAGCUCAAUGAUAGAAUUUGGAGAUCUCAGUUCUUCUGUUGAUGGCAUUUUAUUCACUGUGACUAAU